CCGUUGUCGGUGGUGUCACCGUCUUCUGGCUUUUCGGUAAUUAUAGCCACGUCGUGUAACAUUCGGGGCGUCGUUAGUGCUCAUAACGGGUGUCCGUACUCCUCUUCCCAUGGCAUCAGUGGAGGACGGGGCAUGCCACGCCUGCUAAUAGCCUUGGACAAGUCUUGGACGCUGUCUCUCGGGCUCCUCCCCUUCUUUCGGCAAAGGAAUUGCAAGAACCCAUCACCUAGCAACAUCAACUGCAGUAUCUCCUGGAGUAUAUGCGAACCAGCGCAGCAGACACGUCCAUUGUGUUAUGAUUCGACUUGCACAAUGAACGAUACGAACAGCCAAUCUCGGACCAAGCCUCGUACCGUAUAGGGCGAGUGCUCCUGUCAGUGCAAUUACGAUCAGGUG